AUGUUAAAAACAUAUCAUCGAUUAAAAGAAGCCGCUAUAAAACUCGUGAAACAAGAAGAUGAGAAUCUUGUUACAUAUCCUCUUAUAUGGCUUGAUAGUUUAGUAAAUAUAUCUCAAGAAAAUAUAGAUGGUCAACAAUUAAUUCGAUCUUCAAUUGAUCAUUUAAUAACAUUUGAUAAUGUUGAUAAAUGUGAAGAACAUAUUCGAUCUAUUUCAUCAGAUGAACGAAUUCUUUUAAUUACGAGUGGUCGAUUAGGUCGAGAACUAAUACCACGUAUUCAUCAACUACGUCAAGUUUCUUCAAUUUAUAUUUAUUGUUUAGAUAAACUAGCAAAUGAACAAUGGGCUAAACAAUAUACAAAAAUAAAACAUAUCGUUACAAAAUUCACUGAAUUAAUUACUAACAUUCGAACACAACGUUCACAACGAAGUCAUAAUGAAGUGAAUGAGUUAUUACUAAUAGAUAUUUUUCAAUCAACUACUUCUCAUCAACAAACAGAUAAUAUUUCCAAUGCGCAUUUUAUUUAUUCACAAUUAUUAAUUAAUGUUCUUCUUCAAAUGAUACCCAUAAAUACUGAUAAAAAUAAAUUAAUUGUUUUAUGUAAAGAAAAAUAUCAUGAUAUUGAUAAUGAAAUGAAACUUAUACAAGAAUUUGAAAAUAAUUAUUCAUCUAAUGAUGCUAUUUAUUGGUAUAUGAGAGAUUCAUUUAUUUAUAGAGUAUUGAAUAAAGCUCUUCAAAUACAAAAUAUUGAUCUAUUAUUUCUUUUUCGAUUUUUUAUUCACGAUAUUCGUCAAGCACUUAAACAAAAUAAAUGUACAUCAUCCAUUCAAGUCUAUCGAAGUCAACUUAUGACAAAAGAACAAAUUGAUUUAUUAAAAAAUUGUAUUGGAGGUUUAAUUUCAAUAAAUUCAUUUUUCUCAACAAGUAUUCAUCGUGAUUUAGCUCUAUUAUUUCUAAAUGAAUUACCACUUUCAGAUGAUACUGAAAGAGUUCUAUUCGAAAUUACUGCUGAUCCAGAAUGUGCUUUAUUAAAACCAUUUGGUUUUAUUAAAUCAAAUAAUAGUUUUCGACAAACUGAAGAAGUUAUAUUUACAUUAGGAUCUAUCUUUCGUUUAAUUAAUAUUCAACAACAAUCAGAUGGAAUGUGGACUGUACAAUUAACAUUAUGUGCUGAUAAUGAUGAUCAAUUAAAACCAUUUAAAACAAAUGAUAAACAUAACCAUUCAAACAUAUUGUCAUUUGGAAAUUGUUUGAAAAAGAUCGGUAAAUUGAAUGAUGCGGAAAAAUUCUAUCUUCGAUUACUUAAUGAAUUACCGAAUAAUUCUCAAACUAUUGCUGAUUGUUAUUAUGCAUUAGGAUGUAUAGCAAUGGAAAAAAAUAUGUAUGAUUUAAGUCUCAAAUGGCAUUUAAGAUCAUUAGAUAUAAAAUUAAAAAUAUUAAAAGAAGAUGAUCUAACUAUUGCUGAUAGUCAUAGUGCUAUUGGUCAAAUUUAUUUAAAAAAACAUGAUUAUAAACAAGCACUUUCAUCAUAUUUACGUGCAUUAAAUAUUACGAUGCAAGUUAAGGGUGAAAAACAUCCAAGUCUAGCUAUAUGUUAUACAAAUUUAGGUGGAGUUUAUCAAAAACAAGAAAAUUAUACUCAUGCUCUUGAAUGUUAUCGAACAGCAUUAGCUAUUCGUCAAAAAACAUCUUCUGUUGAUCAUCCAGAUUUAGGCAUAUCAUAUAAUAAUAUAGCGAUUGUUUAUUCAUGUUGUGCUCAAUAUGAUUUAGCUUUAGAAAAUUAUAAUAUGGCAUUGAAAAUCUUACAAAAUACACUUCCUCCUCUACAUCCAGAAAUUGCUGUAAGCUAUUGUGGACUUGGUCUUAUUUUUGAACAGAAAGGUGAAUUCGAUAAAGCUUAUUCUUAUUAUGAAAAAACAGCUGUUAUCUAUCGUCAAACUUUGCCUAAUACACAUCCAGAUAUCAUUCGAAUUGAACAGCAUAUUCAAAGAAUAUCAUCUAAACUUUAA